CCUCCCUCUCCUAUUUGUUCUUCUAUGUGUUGAGAUUUGAAAAACGAAAAAAAUAUAUAUAUAAAAUAUGAAUGAAAUAUAACCUAACUUUUCUCUUCCACCUUGCAAAUCUCUACCCAAAUCAUGAACCAAACACAACACAUGUGUCUUCCUCUUCUCAGCCGGAGGCGUCAAUCCGGACGGCGGAAUUUGAGGAUGUAUGGGCGGAAUCUGCAGUCCGUUCCAACUGUCCGAUCUGAGUUUCAACACUGUGCCCCGGCCGCCGAGUGCUCGCUGUGCUCAGGCUAAUCGUCGGUGGCCAUGUCUUCAGAAGCUCCGGGGUACCCUAAUCCGGGGAGCUGAAACAUGUAAAAGCAAAUUUAGGGAAGGCUUCAAUAUGGAAUCACUGGAAGAAGUGCUGAUAUCACUUGGUAUUGGAGGCAUGACAUCCCAAUUUGCUCAAAUACUGCAGUCUGCGUUCGGCUCGCGGAUGGUUCCUCCUUAUGUAGUAAAGAGGUUGAAUUUGAAGCAUGUAAGGGCAAUGCUUCUAUAUGGGCCACAAGGUUCUGGAAAAACCUUGAUAGCACAAAGCAUUUGCAAAUUUCUAAAUGCAAAAGAGCCCCUGAUUAUAAAUGGAUCGGAUGUGUUAGAUGCAUUCCAAGGUGUAUCAGAGAGGAAAAUAAGGUCACUCUUUAAAGCAGCCGUUGAGAAUGAAAAAAAAUUUGGAGCUAAAAGUGACCUACACAUCAUCAUAUUUGAUGAAAUUGAUUCCAUUGCUAAGGUUGAUGGCAUGAAAGUAUUGAACAACAUUUUUAUUAUUGCUACUACAAAUCGAAAGGAGCUCAUCGAUGAAGUACUGCUGAGGGAAGGUAGAAUUGAACUACAUGUCAAAGUAGAGUACCCAGAUAAGCAAGGGCGCUUGGAAAUUUUGGACAUCAACACAAGGAACAUGAGACAAGCUUUUGUACUUGACGAAGAUGUGAAUCUUCAAGAAAUUGCUUGCGGGACAGAUGGCGACUGUAGUGGCUCUGCCCUUGCAUCUUUAGUCACUCGUGCACAUUCAUAUGCUGUGGUCCAAGCAGGAGAUAGGGGAUUAGGGAAGCAUGUCGAGAAGGAUAUCAAAGUAACAAUGAACCAUUUCCUCCAUGCUAUAGAAGAAGUCAAGUCUAGACUUCAGGAAUCUAGCCUUGAACCAAGCAAGAUGGGAAUGGAGGAAAUGUUUCUGCGGCAGUUGAGCUCCACUAAUUCGACUGAAGUUUUACACAUGCAACAAGAAAUUGCAAGGCUCAAGGAAGACACUUCACAUUUCCAAGCUACACUUGCUUCUUACGAAGAGGAUAAGGCCAAACUUGAGAAGAAAUUCGUAAGUCCUCCGAGACAAUUCGCUGUUCAGUUUGCCGUAUGGGCCUGGAGUGAGUUUGAAGUGGCGGUCCAAGCCGUGUAAGUUUCUACUUCAUAUUUGGUUCUAUCAGAACAUGUAGCAUUUUUCGAGCUGUGUUUGCUUGGUGUUUUAGAAACUAUGUUUGAAUUCUAUAUUCUGUUUGAUUUGUAUGAGUCUGUUAUGUACUCUGUUUAAUGUUGUUGCCCACAUAUGUAUGUUUUUGAGUUGAAAAAUGCUAGAGGUCUCAAAUGUUUUACCAAUGUAUCACAUGGAUGUGGUGUGGGUCCCACAUCCAUGUGAGACAUUUAGGAAAACAUUUGGUAAAACAUUUGAAAUCUCUAGCAUUACUCUUUUGAAUUUUGUAAAAUGAUGGGGACAUAUACUGUACUUUUGAUUGGUCAAAUAUGUAAAUUUACAGGUCUGUUUGUUGUUUCA